ACAGGAAAACAACAUGAUGAAAAGGUAGCAAGGAAAGAAAUAUUUUACAAGCGCAAAAAAAAUUCUGCUUUGGCAUGUCUACCUGGAGACUCAGAGUCCUGAUGGCAUUGUGCUUCUUGCGGCAGACUAGAGGUCACGUUCAACCUCCCCCUCCUCAAAAUGUUACGCUACUGUCAAAAGAUUUUGACAUGAUUUUGACGUGGACCCCAGGAGAAGGCUCUCCGCCAGAUGUGACAUACACUGUGAGGUAUGAAAGCCAGGAACACAUGGACAAAUGGAUAAAGGUUCCUCACUGCAAAGAUAUUCACAGAACCUCUUGCAACCUGACUUGCGUGCUUCCAAACUUAUUUGUUAAAGUCCGGGCUCAAGUAAAAGCUGUUUCUGGACAAUUCCAGUCACCGUGGGUAGAAUCACAAUCCAAGGAAUAUCAUUUGGAUGUGGAACUGGCUCCCCCACUGCUAAACGUGGACGUCAAGGAGAACUUAAUCCAGGUGAAUGCCUCCUUCCCUUUGGCCACCUGUGUGGAGAGUUUGCUUUGGAUGUAUGACUUGAACCUUUGGGAAGCUGGAUCUGAGGACAAGAAGCAGUACGAACACAUCCUUAGGAAGACAUCAGUGACUAUCGAUACCACUGCACUCAGAGGCAACUACUGCUUAAGUGCCAGAUCUUCCUUCCUAAACAUUGGCUUCAAGUACAGCAAAUUCUCCCAACCCAUUUGCGUGCUAUUAAACCACAAAGGGGUGGAAUGGAAGCUCCCACCUUCUGCCAUGAUCCCUGUGUUUGUCCUCCCCAUCCUUCUGACAAGUGCUUUCAUCAUCUGUUUGCUGAAACAAGAUGCUAAGCGAAAGAAGAUGCCUCAUGCUCUGGAUCUUUCUCAUUUAAAAGCUGCUGGACCAGCCCUUCACUGUGAGCUCAGUGAGAAGGAAUUUUUCAGGGACUAUCUUAUCUGCACAGAGAAGCCAGUGUCACAAAGGAAGACAAACAAAGCCUUAGCAGGAAACAAAGGACCAUGGAUGGCUUCUUUCCCUUCAUCAUCAUCAUCAUCAUCAGAAGAAGAAGAGGACAGCAGUACUUUCAUCCCAUACACUGAAAUGCUUAAGUUUCCAAAGAAACUUCUCAACUGCCAGCCAUUCAGAACAGCUCAGGAAGAAACUAGUUUGGACUCUGGAUCUGGAGGUCUCUCUGUGGAUAGUGAAUCUGUGCCUGACCUAAGUACCUUGGGUUUCUCUUUCUUUCCAAUGACAAAGAAUGAGGUGGACAUCUCAGGACCCCAAAGACAUGAGAAGGCAUCCCUUUCUCGAAGUUUCUCUUCGGGAAGAAUAUCCCUCCCUGAUGUGAGAUUGCCAGGCCCCAGGGAGCAGGGACAGCGUGAUGCAGACGGGGAUGAAUGCCUGGAAAUGAUCCCUCUUCAACCACUGACGGAGGGCGGCUGUGCCAGACUUCCAGCCAAUGAGCACUACCUGCAUAGGAAGGCUCAGCGCUUCACCAAGUGUUACCAGAGACCAGCAGCUGAUCCAGAUGUCCAGCUCGGUGAGGGAUCCCAGCUCGGUGAGGGAUCCCAGCUCGGUGAGGAUCCCAGCACUGAGCUCCUCGUUUCCUUUCAAACGUUACAGGUGGCAGAAGAUGAAGGGAUUGCAAGUGAUUGUGACAGCAGUAAUUUCACAGAAGGAACACCUCCCGCAUCCACGGUGCUAAGCGACACGUUUGAAAUUUCAAGUACAGAGGAAAAAUAUGAUCAGAAGUUUAAAAGCAAGGGCUAUGAGCACACACAUUACAUGGGAAGGAGGUAGAGCACCCUAGCAAUUCUAGGGCAAGGAUACCUUAGCAAGAACGCGGUGCGUUUUGCAUUUAUUCACCUAGACAGGUUUUUUUCUACUGCUGUCUGUCCUGUCAAGUCAUACGGCUUUAGGGAUACGAAAGGUGUAUUUUUACAGCCGAGUAACCAACGUACGUUCACCAUCCCUGUGGACAGGGGCAGCCUGACAAGGUGCUAAGGCUCUGGUAUGAGGCACGCUGUUAGAUCGCGGGUGGCCAGGGGCGAGGCUUGCCGUGACUCCUCACACAGGUAUUGCACAGCAAACACGCAGUGCCCUGUGUUCACGUGAGACUUUGGAGCAGGGUAGCUUUUACGCCUCAGUAAUGAAAGGCAAAACCACCUCUGAGGCAGCAAAACCACAACCGGGACCUGUGUGAAACCGUCAGCUGGGUUCUGCAAACGCGGCCGUUGUGCCUGUGCGUUGAUUUUGAGCCGGGAUGAACUGCUAACGUUGUAUUUGCUUUUCCGUAACUGCAAAACUGCACCCCUGCUUGACCAGAAGGACUUAAAGAGACAUUUAACAACCUUGGCUUUUUGUGGGGUGGAGAGAUCUCCAGCUCAAUCUGCAGAGAUCACCUGGGUUUCACGGGGUGAACUGAAGUCAAAGUGAUGAAGGUGCAGCAUGUUUGUUAACUUUUUUUAUACAACCGUACUUACCGAAGCUGAAAUUUCUCCUGCUGUGCAGAAUGUCUGAGAGCUGCUUUAUGC